AUGGAUGCAGACCUUUAUGUCAGCAUUCUGGAGGAUGAGCUGCAGAAUAGCCUGGAGGAUUGAGGCAAAACUGUGGAGGAUGCGGUGUUCCAGCAAGACAAUGACCCCAAGCACACCAGCAAGAAGGCCAAGGAUUGGUUCAAAGACCAUGAUUUCAACACCAUGCUAUGGCCCUCUCAAUCCCCAGAUCUCAAUCUCAUAGAGAAUUUGUGGGGUCACCUCAAAAAGAAGCUUGCAGAGUAUCAGGAGCCACCAAAGGGAAUUACUGAGUUGUGGGAAAGGGUAGAGAAGGAAUGGGAGGCUAUUGGAAAGGAAGUGUGUCAGAAUCUGAUUGAAAAUAUGCCAAGGAGGGUGGAUGCAGUUGUGAAGGCAAAGGGAGGCUAUACCAAGUACUGA